AUGUCCAGGUUCUUCUUCCGCAGUGGAAACAUCGAGCAUCCUGGAGACAAACUCUUCAAUACCACAGUGGAGGUGCUGCCCUUCGAUAACCUGCAGGCGGAGAAGGAGGCUCUCACCGACGGCAAAGACAAAACACCAAAGUACCACCGCACAGAAGACGGAUUCUACAGAAUAGCCUGGUUCCACGGAGGGGUGUGCGAGGGCGAGGUGGAGCCGUCCUUUGGUCCUCUGGAGGCCAUCAGACUGACCGUCGUCACAGAUUCUCCGGUCUGGGUCAUACUCAGCGAGAUUUUCAUUAAAAAAGCCGAUUGA